AUGGUUUCCACCCGCGAACUUAAGACUGAGAGCACCUCGCGCGUCGGCCUCGGCCUCGCCCGUGCGCUGCUCACGCCCGACACGCGCUCGCUGCACCUCUUCGCCUUCGGCAUCUCCACGGGCGCCGCUGUCUGGCACACGCUCAUCUCGGCCCCGGCCUCGUACAAGAACCUGCCGCGCCAGUCCUUCGGCAACCUGCAGGCCGUGCUCCUCCCCUCCGUGUUCGGCGUCCAGGCCGCCGCUGCCGGCAGCCUGCUCUUCUCGUUCCUGCGCGAGUACCCCAUCGUCUACCACCGCUUCGACCUGCUCGACGUCCACUGCUGGCAGGCCGUCACGCUCCUCACGACGACGGGCCUCAGCCUCUUCAACCUCCUCGUCGCCACGCCCACGGCCACCAAGAUCAUGAACGACCGCCACCGCCAGGAGCGCGCCGAGGGCAAGGACUUCUCGGACCCGUCGGCCUCGGAGAAGAUGAAGAAGCUCAACGUCGAGUUCGCCAGCGCCCACUCGCUCUCGGCCACGCUCCAGCUCUUCGCCAUCGGCGGCCUUGUCGAGUACGGCCUCUGGCUCGCCAAGUACGGCCUCGGCGAGAUGUCGCUCAAGCGCGUCGUCCGUUCGUAA